AACCCAGAGGGUUUCUUCUCCGCUAAAAUUCCGAUCACUCUCUCACGCACCAUGGAGGAGGAUCUACGUCUCCACUCUCCGCCGUUCUCCUCCGAUCCAGACUCAUUGCCCGAGUUCACUCGCUCCUCCUCCCGCUCCUCCGCCGUCACCGUUGACACCGCCUCCAAAGAUUUCUCGCAUCAUUGCUCGCCCGCUCCGUUUCUGGACCAGUCGACAAGAUGGACAGAUAAGCAGCACAGUCGAUAUCUUAGUUCAUUAGAGGCCUCGUUUGUGAAUGAACUGCAUCGUUCUAUGCGUUUACGGGGGUGGAUCAUACAGAAUAACACAGAUGAAGCACAUAAAUGUAGGACUAUGCAAAAUUCACUUAAUAUGCCUAGGCAGUCUCUGGCUCAACAAGAUGGCUGCCAGAAGAAGAUCAACCUUAAAAGAAUUGCACCUAUGUUAGAGAGCACAGCUGAUUCUCAUGUUCUUGCAGGAAGUCAAUGCAAACUUAGAUCUGUUGAUAGAAGCUGUAGUUUGAGAGAGCCUAAUACCUACAACCAUUGCUUGCUUUCUAACGAGGAUAUUCAUGCAAGAUGUAGUUCAACAUUCACCAAAAGGUCAUCAAGAAGUUUAGAGAAGCAACCAAUAUGCUGCUCAUUGCAACCAGAUAUGGUUUCCAGUACUACAGAGGUUUCUGAUCAAAACUUCAAGGAUGAAGAAGCCAGGUCAAGCUGCAUAACCAUUGUGAAAUGGUUGAAGACAGCUAAAGCUGAUGGUUCAAGCAGUGAUCAAGUAGUUCCUUUUGGAAAAUUUCACACAUCUGAUGUUUCGACUAGUAGUAAUUCAACCCCAGAAAAUAAAGGACAUGAAUUGCUAUCAGAAUCCCCAAAGAGCUACCAUUCCCCAAAGUCUGAUUCGCGGUACUUUCUAAGGGGAAGGUAAAGUAUAUGCAACUUAGAAUUGAAGCCUCAGAUUUUACAGCGGAUGCUGAUACAACUUGAGAGAGUAGACAAUUCACUUGGUGCUCUUUCAAGAAUUUGUUGAGAGAAAUGUGUAAAGGAAGAUUCAGACUCGAUAACUCUAUUCUUGUGGGAUUUAGUGCUGGUCAGGUUAUUCAAAGGUGUUUGAUGUAAUAUAGUUUGAGGAAGAAACCCUCGAGAGCAAUGUGGAUCGACAUAGUAAAUGUUAUGAUUUUAUAUGAUUUUUUGUUAGAUGAAUUUUUGGAUGGUUAGCCAACUGUUUAGGUGUUCAAGAUGAGUGUUACGUUCUUUAGUUAGAUUCCCCAAGUUUCCUUAUACUAAUUGUACUUCAAAUGGUUCUAAACAAAUAUAUCCUAUAUGCGCGUCUUUACAGUAUAUUGUAUU